AUGGAUUACAUCAUACACCUCUUACAUCUCUCAGGAUUCCUCAUGCUGUCUGCAUGUGUUCCUCGUCAGUAUCACUUUGUGAAUGAGUUAAAGACCUGGACUGAAGCACAGACAUACUGCAGAGAGCACUACACUGACCUGGCCACUAUUGACAACCAAGAGGACACAGAUGAGCUGAUUAAAACUGUUAAAGGACAUGUUGAGCGUGUUUGGAUUGGACUGGAGAAGAGUGGUGAUAUGAAAUGGCAGUGGUCUCUGGGAGAUACAACAUUCUACAGAGAGGGAGAGAUGGAGUUUAGAAACUGGGCUGUUGACCAACCAGACAACACUGUUUACUGUGUAGCCAUGAAAAAUGGUACAUGGCAUGAUUAUAAGUGUGAGGAAGUCCACUCCUUCAUAUGCUAUGAUGAGAGAAGGAGCGGCAGUGACAGAUACAUACUGUCCACCAUGAAAAAUGAAAAUGAGAGAAGAAAGAAGUGGAGAAAAGCUCAGAGCUACUGCAGAAAGCAUCACACAGACCUGGUCAGUGUGAGGAACCCGACUGAGAACCAGGACAUACGCAGGAUCAUGGAGGACGCCAGUGUAGACGCAGCCUGGAUCGGCCUGUUCAGAGACUCCUGGAAGUGGUCAGAUCAGAGUGACUCCUCAUUCAGAUAUUGGAGAUCAGGAGUAUCUGAAAAUCAUGGAAGGAAUGAGAACUGUGCUGUGGUUUGGAUUAAGAGAGAUGUUGGACAAUGGGGUGACUGGCAGUGUAAUGAUAAAACCCAGUUUGUCUGCUAUGAGGAUAAACUGGUCCUGAUCAAUGACACUCUGACCUGGAGUGAAGCUCUGAAUUACUGCAGAGAGCAUCAUGUGGACCUGGUCUCAGUUCACUCAGAGAAGAUUCAGAAGUGGGUGAUGAAGGUGGUUGAAAAGGCCUCCACUGCUCAUGUGUGGCUGGGCUUACGUCACAGCUGCACUCUGGGCUUCUGGUUUUGGGUGAGUGGAGAAUCUCACUGCUACGAGAACUGGGCUCCAGGGAAUGGAACAGGGGUGGAGGAGUGUGAGAGAGCAGUCAGAACAGGAGCAGUGGAGUCUGGAGGAGGGAAACAGUGGGUCAGCCUGCCUGAGACUGAGAGACUCAACUUUAUCUGCAAUAACUAUGAAGGCACCUCUCACCUGUUGAAAGACAGCUGCACCUUCUGGGCCGGGUGUUUGCUGACUAUCCACUCGGAACUGCUUGAUGACUCGAAAGGUUAUGAGGAUAAUGAGGGAGAGGAGGAUGACUCUGAUAAUGAACAACUGGCUCUAAGACCAGUACUUACAAGAUCCCAGAGAACUGUGGAUAAUGCUGGGGAGGAGCCCAGAGAUGAGGAUGGACAGAUUGUCAGAAAAGUCAGCCGCAAGUAUAUUCAGACAUGGUUGAAAAGUUUUCUGCGAAAGAGCCACAUCCUGGGAGAGGAGGAACAAGGACGUGGGAUGAGCUUACCAGGAUAA